AUGAGCGCCCGCCGGCUGCAUUGGCACCCCGGGAGAGCCGCCGGGGAAGAAACGCCAGGCCCCGAGCCCAGCCGGCGGCCAGGGCAGCCGUCUCCAAUCCAAUCGAUCUGUCUCCUGGCGGCUGUGCGUUUCGUCUCCUCCUUCCCCCUAUGCAUCUCUUCCUCUCUCGUCAAUAUUCUCACCCAUCACCCACAUGCUUUCCAUCACCAAGGGCCUCCGUCUUCGCUCUUUGGCGCGCCCAAUUCACUGCAGGCUGUUGACUUCGCUUCUGAUUUUGCUUUCGCUUUCCAUCCCUCGUUCCUUUUCUCUCCUCGUCUUUCUCUUUCCCUCUCUCGUUUUGUCACUCGCUUUUCAACUCCCUCUUCUGCUCCGUCCAGCAACAUUUACAACUUCUUCCUGCCAACAAACACCAGUGCAUCUUUCAUGACAUAG